AUGACUGCUCUCAUUAUCCCCUCUGAAUACGGUUAUGUUCUUGGUGUCGCUGUCGCCAGUGCCCUCUACGUUUUCUCUUUAGCUCCCAAGGUUGGUGCCGCUCGUAGAGCUGCCAAGGUUCCUUAUCCCUAUGCUUACGCUGAAAAGAGUGAAGCUGAGAAGGAUCCCAAGAAGAAUAUUUUCAAUUGUACUCAACGUGCUCACCAAAACACUCUUGAGAUCCUCCCUGUCUACAACACACUGUUGUUGGUUGGUGGUCUUAAAUAUCCUGAAAUCUCUGCCGCUGCUGGUGUCGUCUUCCUUUUGGGCCGUAUCGUCUUUACCAGUGGUUAUGUUACUGGUGACCCUGCCAAACGUACUCGUGGUGCUUUUGGUUUCCUUGGACUCAUUGCUCUUCUUGGUACAUCUGCUGCCACCGUCUACAGCCUUAUCAAGAACUAA